UCUUUCCUCUUUGUUAGGAUUUACUCUCCGAGGCUUUGAAUUUCAGAUGAGCCAUUCAAAGAUUGUGUCUUUCCCAAAAUUACCUCCUUUGCAAACUUACAAAGAACCCAAGAGUGAGUCGGACGCGCCAAAGCUUCGCGUGACAUGCAAGUAGAUGGUUUUGUUUCUACAGCUGCUUCAUGCUCCUAAAAGGGCCAUGAACUGAGCUCCACUGCUUACAUUAUUCAUACUCAAUUCUUCAACACGUUCCUGCAGUACCCAUAAAAGCUCUCUCUCUCUCUCUCUCUCUCUCUCUCUCUCUCUCUACUUCUUCUUCCUUCUCUCUCCAGCUUUCCAUUAAUUUUUCUUUUUUCCUCCAUCAAUUUUCUUUCUUUUUUCUCUUUCCUAUUCUGCAUUGCUUGUUUUGAUUCGGAUUUUCUGGACACUAUUGUGUCCAAUUCCCCCACCCUCCUUUCUCCCUAAUCCCAUCCUUUUCACCAAAGCAUUAUUCGAUUUCGUCUUGGCCUCUCUUUCCUCUCUCUCUCUCUCUAUCUUUUUUUUUUUUUCAAACCAAGUUGCUAUUAUCCCCCUGUUUUCCCAAUUCUCUCAACUCUAUCUCUCUCAUUUCUGGUUUUGCCCUGCACUUCUCUGAGAGAAGGAUUGGAAAUGAAGAAGGUUAUUCUGAGAUUGGAUUUGCAUGAUGACAGAGCCAAGCAGAAGGCAUUGAAGACAGUCUCUACUCUUUCAGGCAUUGAUUCCAUCGCCAUGGACAUGAAGGAGAAGAAACUAACAGUGAUCGGGUCGGUGGAUCCAGUGAAUGUGGUGAGCAAAUUGCGCAAGUAUUGGCCAACAGAUAUGAUCUCAGUAGGGCCAGCAGUAGAGCCUAAGAAAGAGGAGCCAAAGAAGGAAGAAGCAAAGAAAGAAGAAGGAAAGAAGGAAGGAGAGGAAGCAAAGAAAGAAGGGGAAGAGGCGAAGAAGGAGGAACCCAAGAAAGAGGAGGAGAAGAAAGAAGGAGGAGGAGAGGAAGCUAAGAAAGAAGAGCCAAAGAAAGAGGAAGAGAAGAAAGAAGAAGAGAAGAAGAAAGAGGUUCCUCCUCCAGACCCCGUCUUAGAGCUUGUCAAGGCUUACAGAGCAUACAACCCUCACAUGACCACUUAUUACCAUGUGCAAAGCAUUGAAGAGAAUCCAAAUGCUUGUGUUAUUUGCUAAGCAAGCAAGAGCUCAGUAUGUUCCCCAGAAUGACGGACUCAAAUCAUCUUCCCAAUGCCAAUAGGAGGCCAGAACCCCAGACAUUAGGAGCUGUUCUACUCUGUAUAUAGAAUGGUAAUGCCUCAUUGAAAUGUUGAAUUAAACAUUAGUAAUGUGUGUAGAGAAAAUAAACAUGAAUUCUAAAUUUUGUUUUGAUCUCAUCGUAAGUGUACUUCAUAGUCUUGUUAGUGUGUAA